GGCCGGACUUUGGACAUGUCUGCGUUACAACCAACAGUGCAUUGGAACAGUCCACUAACCCGCGAAUGUUUCACAACAACAAUGGCGUCUACAUCAGCUUCCAUUUAUCGAUGUACCACUGAGUUGUUUAAAACGAUGGUAUUUCUAGCCCGUGGUGGAAGAAAGCGCAAAAUUGUGGCGGAAGCAGAGAAGAACAAACCCGCUAAAAAGGCAAAAGGAGAAGAAAUGGCUGUACUGGAAGGCCCAAAAGUGGUUAUUGAACACUGUAAGAGCUGACGAGUGUAUGGGCGUAAUGCUGAAGGGGUGAAAUGUGCCCUGUUGGCUGCACGCCCUGAGCUGACUGUGGUCCUCAACCCCGACAAGCCCCGCAGGAACAGCUUUGAGAUCACUCUGAUAGAUGGAGGCAAAGACACAUUACUUUGGACUGGAAUAAAGAAGGGCCCACCUCGUAAGCUGAAGUUUCCUGAACCUGAUGUUGUAGUUUCUGCUCUAAAAGAGGCUGUUGGUGCCGACUAGUGGAUAAAUUGAGGCAGAAAUUCAAGAUACAAGUGCUGGAUGUUGACAGCAAGUUUGACUCACUUCACAACAAAUGGCAGUUUGGCACAAAGUGAUAACAUUUCUUCAAAAUUACGCUGUUUAUUGCCACAUAAUUAUUUUUUCCAGCUGUUGCAAAUUGCAAUACAAGGAUACUUUCUCACUUAAUACUUCAAACCAGAGCCCCUCCUAGGUUUUUGGCUUGACCAUAGACCUCUCAAAAUUAACAUGAACAUAUACACUGCUGAAAAAGACCCAUCAUCUUUUUCAUGCAGAAUAUUGGUCAUGGGUGUAGCUUGUGGAAGCAGAAUGACGAGGAGUGACCAAACUGGAUUCCCAUAGUCUAUCCUCUGAUGACCCAAGCUCUUCUAGCUCACACCUUCAGUAUGAACACAUGGCGACACCUACUGGGGAAUAUUAGAGCAAACGCUUCCGUUUCGAGACACUGGUGCGCUUUGUGUAUUCCAGGUUUGACGCUUUUGAGUUUUGAUAUUAUAACACUGUACUUUUUGUUCCCUUUAUGAAUAAAAAUCUUUACAACAGUUUGUAUUUUAUG